AUGGCGAUGAAUAUACUGCCAAGGCUCCUGACUCGACGAGGUUUACGUAAAAUAUUAUCAGAGGGCACAAAACUAGCUGGUGCUGAAGUUGCUUCAGUCACCUUACUGAACAAUAUCUGUAUUCCUUAUUCAACAGUCAACCAUGAACACCUUUUAAGACAAUUCAGAAGUAAAACACAAUACUAUCAAAAGUAUUAUUCUAUUAAAGCAGCACACCAAAGUGUUGUAGAUGAUUAUCGCAAUGAACACAACAUUACUUGCAUUGGAGAAGAUAUACCUAACCCAUACAUAGAAAUAGAGAAGAGUGAAUUCCCAGAAUACAUCAAGUCAUUUCUAAAAAAUCAGGGUUUUGAGAAACCAACCAUUAUACAAUCACAAGGAUGGCCUAUUGCUUUGAGUGGUCAGAAUUUUGUAGGAAUUGCACAAACUGGGACUGGCAAAACAUUGGCUUACUUGUUACCAGCUGUUGUUCAUAUUAAGGAGAAAAAUGCAAGGAAAGGCUUAGGUCCUAUUGUGCUGGUCCUUGCACCGACAAGAGAACUAGCUCGACAAAUAGAACAGGUGGCAAAAGCUUUUGAAAGAUCCAUGAAAAUUAAAACACUCUGUGUUUAUGGUGGAGCCAGUCGUGCAGUUCAAGCUAGUAAGCUUCAAGAAGGAGUUGAUAUACUUAUUGCUACUCCUGGUAGAUUAAAUGACUUUAUUAUGAGCAAAACUGUCUCAUUGAGUCGAUCAACUUAUGUUGUAUUAGAUGAAGCUGAUAGAAUGUUGGACAUGGGUUUUGAACCUCAAAUACGGCAAGCUUUAGAAGGAGUUCCUCUGGAGAGACAAAUUUUGAUGUUUUCUGCCACUUGGCCUAAAGAAGUGAGACAUCUAGCUAAAGACUACUUGGGUGAGUUUGUGCAAGUUAAUGUAGGGUCCACUGAACUGUCUGCAAACCACAAUAUAAAGCAAAAUGUUCAUAUGUGACACAGACAACAAAAUGACCUUGUUUCAAUCUAUAAUGCAUGAGAUUUCUGGCGAAGGAUUUGGUAAACUGUUAAUUUUCGCAAACACUAAGAAGUUUGUCGAUACUCUGACCCUCACACUCAGAAGAAACGGUUGGCCAGCAGAUGGGAUUCAUGGCGAUAAGACUCAGGCCCAAAGAGACAAAAUUAUUAACAAGUUUAAACAUGGUCGUGCAAAUAUUUUAGUUGCAACUGAUGUUGCUGCUCGAGGACUUGAUGUGGAUGGUGUAACACACGUGAUCAACUAUGACUACCCGAACACGUCCGAAGACUACAUCCAUAGAAUAGGCCGCACUGGUCGUCACGAAAACAAAGGGGUGUCUCACACUAUCCUCACUGACGAAGACGCGAGGCAAGCCAGCAGUUUGAUUGAAGUUCUCAAAGAAGCUAAUCAGGAAAUUCCACAGGAGUUAGAAGACUUAGGUCGUUCAUAUGAUAUAUCAAAAAUAAAAGAAAAACAGAUGAAGGCGAGGCCCAGACAAAAUAACUACCAAUACGGACAAAAUAACAGAAGUAAUUUCCAAUAUGGUCAAAACAACAAGUUUAACAGAUUCAACAAAUUCAAAACCUUUAAAUCCAAGAGAUAUGAUGAUGAUUAUGUGUAA